AUGAACAGUUCGUUAAGGUCUGACGGAGGAGCGUCGGUGACCAAUAGAACAGUUUGCGCAAAAUUGCCAAAGCUGCAUGUUAAGCGGUUCAAUGGAAAUGUUUGCGAAUGGCAGGAGUUUUGGGAUUCCUUCGAAAGCGCCAUUCACGGAAAUGGAAGUUUGUCCGACGUUGACAAAUUCAAUUAUCUUCGGGGACUCUUAGGCGAACCAGCGAAGUCAUGUAUCGCGGGAUAUUCUUUGACUUCAGCGAACUACAACGCUGCAAUAGACGCGUUGAAGGAACGCUAUAGGAAGCCAGAAUCGGUCCAACGAGCGCACAUGCAAAAACUUUUGAACUUAGAUAGAGUGAAAGAUCCGAGAGAUAUUACGUCUCUUCGUCACUUGUGUGAUAGUGUCGAAGCACAUCAUCGAGGUUUGGAUGCAUUGGGAGUGGACAACGCUACGUAUUCAUCAAUCGUGGUACCUUACGUUUUGAACUUGAUACCGGAAUCGAUUCGAUUGUUGAUCACGAGAGGCGAAAACUUCCAUCAGUGGGAUAUGGACGAUAUGCUAAGAGCGUUAAAGUGCGAAGUUGAGCUGCGAGAAGAGCAUCGAGUUCAGAGAGAGCAACGAGAACGGCAUGGUGAUCCUGAGAAGUCGUCAAAUGGAGCCAGGCGGUACGAUACGAAAACAGCAAGCGCCCUCCUGACAAAAUCGGGACCGGUUCGUUGCGCAUUCUGCCUGGGAUGUCGUCGGCAUGAAGAAUGA